AUGUCAACCACCAAUCCUUUCCGCACAAACGACCAAGACCAAACACCAGCACCGGGAAACCGAACCAUCGUCCUUGAAUCCGAGGCAGAACAGCCACAAGUUUUCCAUGAUGAGGAAAAGGUCGUUAUUAAUUUUAUGCCACCUGUUAGGGAGGUUGUUGAGCAUCCAAGCUCUCAAGAUCAGAAAAUGUCUACAUCUUGGGAUCAUGAUGAUUCCGAUGAAACAAUCGAGGUUAGCAAGGCUGCAAGUGCAGGCCAGAAAGUGACUACACCUUGGGAGGACUGUGAUUCCGAGGAAGCAGUCGACGGCAGCCGUAUACAUAUGGUCAACGAGACGGUAACAUCAAAAGAUGAGUUAAAUGAAAAGGACGUUGUCGAGGACAUUGUCGAGGGGGAAACGCUUGACCUAGCCAAAUUGUCUCCCAUUCUUGAAUCUCACGAUACCGAUUUGCAUGCGCUGAACAGCGUGCCAGAGACUGAUGUAGAUUGGGAUAAAUCUUUACAGAAUGGAGUGCCAGAGACAGAUGUUGAUUGGGAUAAAUCUGUACAGAAUGUCGCACCUGAUAUCGAUGGUGAUCGUAAACAAGAGGAUCAUGUUAUUUCUGCUAUUUGGGAAGGUGAUAGCGGCAAGAAGGGUGAUGAUCAACCUGUCGAGGUCAAUGGUAGGUUGGAUGAAGAGGACAGGUCCAAGUCUCCAUCUCUAUCCUGCCCUUCCAAACCGGCACCAGCAGAGAACAAUGAGCCUACAACAUCCGCCGAGUUCGAGUCUCUUCAUUGCCAAUUUACGAACCUAUCUCUUGAUACGUCUAAAGAAGACAAACAACAAGACUCUGCCGAUGUCCUGCCGCCGUCACGCGAGGUCAAAGGGCCAGAUGCCAAGGUAUCAGCCGAUCUGUACGGUGACUGGAACGUGGAUGUCAAGAGUGAGGUGUCGAGUAGAGACCUUCCUCACCCCGGGUAUCAUGAUACCGUCGAUCAAUCCUCGGUCGAUCCUUGGCUUCGAGAUUCAGAAUCCCCGACACCCAUCAUCCGACGUCCAUUCGCACCAAAGCCACAUCCGCUGAACUCAGAAUCUCCACCGGCCUGUCCAAACACCAACGUCCUCCACCUCCCCCGUAUUCCGAUCACUGUCACCGAGCUAGACCUUUACCUCCUCUUUCGUCCCUACGGCAAAAUUGAGAACAUGCUCGUAUACCCGCUAGUAUGGGAUCUGGAUUCAGCGGAGCCCACGGAACCCCACCAUCACGCCUACGUUCAAUUUACAGACAAUGAAACGGCUUUUGCAGCUUAUACGCUUCUUGAAAACAAGAUUUCUUUCAAAACUGGGGAAACGCUUGCGAUCGAGUAUGCGGCUGCUAUACCUACGCCUAUGCUGCCUCCGCGAUCCAAAAAGGCCAGCAAGGAGAGAGUAUGGAGGAUGUUCAAGUAUAGGGGUUGGGAUGAUCUUUUGAGGAGGGAUAUCAAGGGAUGGUAAGGGCAAUCUAUGGCAAGUGAGCUCGGUCUUGCGCUGGAGAGGACAGACACUGUAUUGCUUUGGCUUCUUAGCUAACGUGCCAAAGCAUUUGGACUGUUUGCUUGAUUUUGCAAUUGAAUUGAAUGUUGCAUUUAAACAUUUGGAAAUUGAUGAUGUAUACCGAUAUGAGUUGGCUUGUUUGACCGCUUUCAAAUAUAUGCAUAUGGAGGCUGCAUGGACACCUA